AUGGGCCUCUCAACAGCUUACUCCCCGGCGGGGGCCGGGUCGGGCCUUGUGCCGGCCCCUCUCGGUGCCGGCGCCGGCGCUGCGCGCCGUCGCUCUGCCCAGGUCCGCCGCCCGCGCCUCGCCACCGUCCGAUGCUCCGUCGACGCCGCCAAGCAGGUGCAGGACGGCGUGGCGACGGUGGUCGCGGCAGAGGCGCCGGCGUCGCGGAAAGAGUGCUUCGGGGUCUUCUGCAACAUCUACGACCUCAAGGCGGAAGACAAGACCAAGUCGUGGAAGAAGCUAGUGAACAUUGCUGUGUCAGGCGCGGCUGGGAUGAUAUCAAAUCACCUGCUGUUCAAACUCGCCUCUGGUGAGGUUUUCGGACAAGACCAACCAAUAGCACUUAAGUUACUCGGCUCAGAAAGAUCGUUUCAAGCUCUCGAAGGCGUAGCUAUGGAACUGGAGGACUCGCUGUAUCCAUUGCUCAGGGAAGUCAGCAUUGGUAUAGAUCCUUAUGAGGUCUUUCAAGAUGUAGAUUGGGCCCUUCUUAUUGGUGCUAAGCCCCGAGGUCCCGGCAUGGAGCGAGCUGCGUUGCUGGAUAUCAAUGGCCAAAUCUUUGCUGACCAGGGGAAAGCACUUAAUGCCGUGGCCUCGCGGAACGUGAAAGUCUUAGUUGUUGGAAAUCCCUGUAACACUAAUGCGUUGAUUUGCUUGAAAAAUGCUCCAAACAUACCAGCAAAAAACUUUCAUGCACUGACGAGGUUGGAUGAAAAUAGAGCAAAGUGCCAGCUAGCACUAAAAGCAGGUGUAUUUUAUGACAAAGUAUCAAACGUGACUAUUUGGGGGAACCACUCGACAACUCAGGUUCCUGAUUUCUUGAAUGCCAAAAUUGAUGGGAGACCAGUGAAAGAAGUCAUUGAGGAUUCCAAGUGGUUAGAAGAAGAGUUCACCAUGACAGUUCAAAAGCGUGGAGGUGCGCUCAUCCAAAAAUGGGGCAGAUCUUCAGCCGCAUCAACCGCUGUUUCGAUAGUGGAUGCUAUUAAAUCCCUUGUAACUCCUACCCCAGAAGGCGACUGGUUCUCUACAGGGGUUUAUACGACUGGAAAUCCUUAUGGCAUAGCAGAGGAUAUCGUGUUCAGCAUGCCAUGCAGAUCAAAGGGUGACGGUGAUUACGAACUAGCUACUGAUGUGUCAAUGGACGAUUUUCUCUGGGAACGGAUUAAAAAGAGUGAAGCUGAAUUGCUUGCUGAGAAGAAAUGCGUUGCCCAUCUUACAGGAGAGGGGGAUGCAUUUUGUGAUCUUCCGGAAGAUACCAUGCUACCAGGAGAAAAGUAG